UACAGUAAUCUACUAAACACAACCCACAAAAUCAGCAAAACAUGAAAUCCUCUAUCAUCUGCUGCAUCCUGGCGACGGUACUGCUUAGCCUGUGCGUUUUCAACGCGGAAGCGGGUUUACGCAAACCAAAGAAGCUCACACCAGAAUUAGAAGCGAAGUUCGAAGUCUUGACUGCUUGGAUAGCCUAUCGCCUCAAUUUAAAACAUGCCAAGGAAGCUUGUGUGGGCGAAUAUGGCUUUUCGGAUGAGCUCGCCACCAAUCUGGUCAAAAUAAAGGUGGCGAACCCAAAUGAUCGCGAGAAGUGCUACGUGAACUGUCUCUACAAUAAAUUGGUAUUCUAUAAGGAUGAUGCCAUCAACAAACAGGCCAUGAAGGAGUCGUUGUAUGAAAUUGUUGGUGAACAACGCUUACUGAAUAUUGUUGAUGGUUGUCUCAACGCUGGCGGCACCGAUGCGUGUGAUAAGGUGUAUAAAUUCCAUGCUUGCGCCUCACCGGAAUUCGACAAAGUACGCAGUGAUAUAUUCUUGCCCGAUGAAUAGUAAGGUUACAUUGAGAUAGAUGUGUCUGAUGAAGUGGCGCUGGAGAGAGGAGAGUACUCGAAUCCAUGAUUUGUUCUUAUACCUAUAAAAUAUUUUAGAUAUUGUAGUUUAAUUAAGAUUAAUAAAAAUUAGUAGCUAAA